AUGAUCAGUGCUGAGGCUCCGGUUCUGUUCGCCAAGGCGGCCCAGAUCUUCAUCACAGAGCUGACGCUCCGAGCCUGGAUCCACACCGAGGACAACAAGAGACGCACCCUGCAGAGGAAUGAUAUCGCCAUGGCAAUCACCAAGUUCGACCAGUUUGACUUCCUCAUCGACAUCGUACCCAGAGAUGACCUCAAACCACCCAAACGACAGGAGGAGGUUCGCCAGACGGUGGCGUCCACGGAGCCGGUCCAGUACUACUUCACGUUGGCACAGCAACCGGGAACCGUGCAGGUGCAGCCCGGAACCGUACAGGUUCAACCCGGACCGCAGCAGGGGCAGCAGGCCACGCCCACCGCCGCCACACUACAGGCCGGACAGAUCAUCAUCGCACAGCCACAACAAGGACAGGUGCUCCAGGGAGCCACAAUGCAGCAGCUUCAGCAGGUGCAGGUAGCCCAGUCACAAGCCACGCCCAUCACGAGUGCCCCGGUGACGAUGCAGGUCGGCGAUCAGCAGGUGCAGAUAGUGCAGGCCGCCCAGGGCCAAGCACAGGCGCAGGGGGCCCCCGCGGGCCAAACCAUGCAGGUCAUGCAGCAGAUCAUCACCAACACCGGAGAGAUACAACAGAUACCGGUGCAGCUGAGCUCUGGGCAGCUCCAGUAUAUUCGCCUGGCCCAGCCGGUACAGGGAGCGCAGGUCGUCCAGGGACAAAUACAGACACUCGCCACAAACGCCCAGCAGGUA